AUGUCACUCUUUGGUGGAUCUGCCUCUCAAGCACGUAGUCGAAAUUUAGUCGAGUUUAAAGCUGGUAAAAUGAAUCUACGUGGUAACAUGGUCUAUCCAGAUAAACGAAAAGGACUUCUUUAUUUAUAUCAAGGCAAUGAUAUGCUGAUGCAUUUAUGUUGGAAAGAUCGAUCAAAUAAUUCAACUGAAGAUGAUCUUGUUAUAUUUCCAGAUGAAAUUGAAUUUAAAAAAGUAACACAAAGUACAACAGGACGUGUAUAUAUUCUUAAAUGGCGAAUUAAUUCUCGUAAAUUAUUUUUUUGGAUGCAAGAACCAAAAGAAGAUCAAGAUGAAGAAUUUUGUAAAAAGAUAAAUGAUCUGCUUAAUCAUCCACCAACACCUGGUUUUGGUGAUGAUAUUAGUGAUACUCAUCCAUUACAACCAUUUAUGGAACGAAUGGCUGGUGGUGCAGGUAGUGGUAUUGAUCCAAAUGAUUUAUCGAAUGUUCUUCGAAACUUAGAUCCAAAUGAUUUUGCAUCAUUACUUUCGUCAUCAUUUGGACGUAGUGGUCGAAGUACUGGUUUGAUACAAGGCACGCAACAUAGUGGAGGAUCUUCUAGUAGUUCAACGCAGCAUGUAACUGAUUCUCGGCCAAAUACAGCACCAGCUAGUACAACGGUUACAUCUACUACUCGUAAUAGUGGUUCAUCAUCAAAACCACGUAAUGGUGGAACAAGUUCAUCGUCACCUGCUGCAGCACCUAAAAGUACUGCUAGUUCAACAGCAUCUAGUGGAUCAAAAAGUGGUUCUAUUCAAAUGAGUGCUUUGACAAGUGUUCUGGCUAAUUUGAGUAGUAAUGCAACUGAAGCAACAACAACAACAUCUUCAUCUAAACCUGUCAUUGAUCUAUGUGAUAUAAUGACUAAUGAAAAUUUGGUUUCAUUAUUAGCUAAUAAAGAUGUACAAGAAAAAUUACGUGCUCAUUUGCCUGAAGAUAAUACAAUACCAAAUACAGAAGAAGAGUUAAAAGAAUCAAUUCAGUCACCUCAAUUUCGACAAGUUGUUAGUGCAUUUAGUGUUGCUCUUCAAUCAGGUGAAUUAGGACCUGUUCUUAUUCAAUUUGGUUUACCAGAUGAUGCAAUAAAAGCAGCUAAUCAAGGUGAUUUACAAGCUUUUGCACAAGCACUAGAAAAACAUUAUAAAAAAUCUCAUGAAGAAAAAUCAUCUGACAAUACAAUGGAUACAAGUUAA